UUGUUGAAGGAGUGCUUCUAUCUAGGGCUGAGGGUGUUUACAUAUGGUCGGAUAUGCUGAAGUUGGUAGAAAACGAGGAGAAGUUCUUCGAAUAUCCGUGGGGCCUUCUUUCAUAUCAGAAGUUGUUGUCAUCCACAGCCAAAAGUAUGACUGACCUGAGGAAGAACUACCUUGAUAAAUCUACUAAGGAUAAGAAGAAAGGGAAGAAGGAGAAAAAAAUUACUCAACCAGAGGCGAAGUACAAUGUCUACGGAUAUGCACCGGCGCUACAAUACUGGGCCUUUGAGGUGAUGCAGGAUUUGGGGAAGAAGUACGGGCAGUGCAGAGGGACUAGAUUCCCUCGAAUGUUGAAUUGGAGCACCCCCAACACAGUUACGAAACAUGAUGUCAAGCAACCUGAUGUCGCUACCCUAUUCGAGAAGAGGAUGGUUGUUCUUCAAAUUCUGUAUCCUAGGAAUUGGGAGGUGGACUAUUGGAAGAGCAAUUGUGAGGGUGAGGUCCCCACGGUGGAAAUGGGGUUGGAUGAGGUCGAAGAAACGCAAGUCGGGGCGCAAGAUUCGACCGCAUUCCAGACCCAAGCCGAACGGGUGGCGGAUUAUGUGAAAAAGUCCAAAAUUAUUCCACCAUCCCCACCCAAAGAAGCACCAGACGCCUCCACAUCUGCCACCGUGCCCCCAACGCCUGCCACUGUGCCCCCAAGCUCUGCUCCAGCCAAUGACUCGAACUACCUCUUGUUGGCUAAGAGGUUGGAGAAGGUAGAAGCGCAACAAGUUGCGAUUCUCACUGCCCAGACUGAGAUGAAGGCUGACUUCAAGAGAAGUCAGAAAGAGAUGAAGAAUCUUAUCAUGGAUCAAAUUGCGACCGUGAUAAGUUUGUUACAGAAGCAGCCUUCGGAGCCGACACAACCAUCAGGGCCGGCACAGCAAUCAGACCCCACACCAUCAGACACGGCAGAGCCAUUACAGACGGUACAUCCAUCACCGCCGACAUAUGAUGAUGAUGAUGAUGUCUACCCAGAAGAUUGGCAACCUGACGCAUGUGACGUUCCUUCUACUCCUGCAAACGCCAUUGUCAUUUCGCUGGGUGAUACUGAAUCUCAGGAUGUGGAAGAGUUGCAGGGGCCACCAGAUGGAGUGGAGUUCUGUAGGCUUAGGCGAAAGCGCAAGCCGGUUUUCUUGAAUGACUACACUGCUGGGAAGAAGAAACAACGACAAGGGCCCGUGGUAGUAGACACCCUGAAACCGGCGGACGCCCGGCUGUUAAAAUUUUUCCAGAAGUGGAUCACUUAUGCUAGGGACAAUGGCCGUCCUAGGGAUGUUCACACUGGCGAAGCCACUAGAUCGUGGUUCGUGAAGUUGAUGGUGCUCAACGAAUGGCUCGAAGAUGCUCAAAUUGAUGCCAUGGCGCACUUAUUGAGAAGAAGACGGACCCUGUACCCGGAAGUCUACACCCGAAAAGGUGUAGUUUUGGACACAUCUGCUCCACAGUUCUUUUCCAUGUUUUGGAAUAUGUGUGAGGGUGACAGGAGCAAGAUCAAAUGGGAUGAGAGCGUCAUGAGCUACGUGCAGGGGAUACCGCACAGAUACUUGCCAUGUUGGGAGAAGCAGGAGUACAUAUACUUUGUGUUGCACCUUCCCAAAGAGCGCCACUGGGUGGCAGUUGAGGUGGAUAUCGAGAACUGGGAGAUCAUUGUAUAUGAUUCCGAUAUCGGUGCCACCGUUGAGGCAGCCAUGGAGUCAUAUUUGAAGCCUUACAGCGAGCUCUUUGCAAAUCUAAUUCGAGAUAGCGGUUAUUUCCAAUACAACAAUUAUGUACAUCCGGUGGAGUUGGGCGAUCUCAGUCAGCUCCUACCCCUCCAUUAUAGACGAGCUACCUCGGAGGUUGUACCACAAACGAACGGCAGUGGCAAUUGUGGAGUGUAUGCCAUGGAGCACAUUGAGCACUUGAUGCUGGAUCGUUCGUUGGAGCAUGUGCAUGAUGAUAACAUGCUCACCUUUAGACAUAGGUGGUGUGUGGACCUAUUUUACCAGAACUUAACGUGGUAGUUUUUUGUAGGUUUUUGCAAUGUUAAUCUUGUACACAUAAACUCCCCUUUUGUAAUUGUAUUAUAAUCUCACCAAAUUUAUAUAUAACAAGUAAAUUUAAAGCUA